AAAUAUCAAUAUGGCGAUUAAUGAUUAAUGAAUGGUGUUAAGUCGAUACACUGAAAUAUAGAUCUAAAUCUAGAUCUAGCACUCGUUUUGCUUUUUUAAAAAUAAUAGGUUUUUUUUUCAUGAAAUGAGCCAAAACUUUAUGGAGGUCCGAUGGAGAGCAAUAUUGUUAAAGAUUUUGAAAACUUAAAAGUUUAUGCACAACGUAAUUUUAUAAUGGAUGAGUUGGUGCAAGAUCUUACCACUGCCUUGGAAGAAACAGCAACUGUAGGCAGGCCUGGAACAUCUCAGACUGAAGGGGCAAACUCUAGCACUUAUCCAAGAAGGUAUGUCAAAAAACGUAGAGGAAUCAGACGUCCUUCUGCCAAUAGCUAUUACUGGAAAAGAGGAACUAUAAGUGAAGCUUCAGAAAGCAGCAUUGAUGAGCAUCCGAUUAGAGACUAUGCUGGGAAUGUGAUCCAUAGUGAUUCAGAUGAUUUGGCAGCUUGUCAGCGAAUUCCAAAAUUGACAGUUCCCAUAGUUGAUUCUGUUCCUCCGGUAGAAUCAGAUUCAUUUACAGAAAAUCUCUCUCCUCUUCGGCCUCAGAGGAGAAGACGAAAAUUUAAAACUAUGGCAGUGGAUUCAUCACCUCUAACUGAUCCUAUUCCUUCUGAUGCUGAUUCAGCCUCAGGGGACAGACAGUUUGGUAAAAGGAAAGAGGAAUCACCAAGCACUACUGUUGAUAAAGCAAGCUUCUCUGGACUAAGAUGCCCUGUGUCUAGUUCAAUGUAUAGUACAUCUCAUUCUCAUGCGGUGACUGCUGGGAAAAGAAAACGAAGCAGCAAAAGCCGUACAGAUUAUAAUUAUAGUGAUUUUCCACAUCAAGGGAUUUCUCUGAAUAUGGAUAGGAUGGAAGUUGCUAGUGUUUCUCAAGAGAGUUCUCUGAGCAGUAGUGAGUUUGACAGUGAUUUAAAUGCUAACAAUGAAGAUGCAAGAGAAGCUGAUGAUGAACAAAGUGACUUCUUUCAUGAGCCAGGACCUGCAUGUGGAAUCCCAGAUAUUGUACCAUGGUGGGAAAAUGAAAGGGUAACAGAUGAACCUCUGCAAAUUGAUUCUGAUUUUGAAAAAAUACUAACAGGAACAUUUGCGCAUCUCCCUAAGUUCUCUAAUCAAAGUUUUAAAGCCAGAAUGGGGCGUCUUCUGUCGGGGACUGGCCGGGAAAUUCGGUUAGGCAGAAGAAAGCUGAAAGGCAAAAUGCCAAGGUAUACCGUUGGGAAAUUUCUCCAGGACAGGGAGCAUUGGAAUAGAAUGCAGGGUCAUCAUCCUGGCACAUUGUUGCCAGGCACAUGUAAUAACAAUACAAAUAACAACAGCAAUGGACACGGAGUGGAAUUCAAGCGCAGAAGACAUGUACCAAAAAGUUCUACAAGCAUAGAAGGUAUCAGUGGUCAAUGCUCAGAUCCUGUGUCAGAAACAACUGUUGCUGCCAAAUUGAUUCGACCUAGCGCCAGUGGAGGUAUGAAAAGUCCAGUAAUAGCUGUGAGAAAGAGUGCCAGAAAACCUGGUGUUAUAUAUGCCAAUGUUUCAGAUUCAUAACAUUUAUUUUGAGAGUGCACAGACUGUAGUAUUUUGAAUAUCAUGGCAGAUUCAUUUUUGGGGAUAAUAGCAUUUGGUUUUAGUUGGUUUAAAAUUUUAAUUCUGUAUAUUUCAUGUUUACAUAUAAUAAUAAUCUACAUGAAAGAAAUGUGAUAUUGGCAUUAUUUUAUUUUCUAACAGGAGAAAAUUCCUGUUAGUAAAAUUUUUCUCUCAUUUGAAUUGUGUGAGUAGUUUUUAAAAAAGCAAUAUUGAAAUUUUACCAUGGUUGAAAUAAAAUAGUACUCAAUAUAUGUAUUAUUAGUUACGCUUAGUUUUAGUAUUGACAACAUUUAAAAAGUAUUGUAAAUAUUGUACAAAAUACAUUAAUUUGCCUAUUGAUUUUUAAAGUGAUGAAAUUACAAAGUAAGGACAAAGCAAAAAGAUUAAACACUCAUUACUAAAGUACAUUUUAACUGAUAAAGAACAACUUAUAUUUUAAUGUUAAUGAUAGCUAUGUUUUAUCCACAAAAUAGAUUAUUAAUUUUAUGUUCACAUUUUGAAAUUACAUUACCAAUCUAUUAUUUUAAACAUACACAUUUUAAAUUCUAUGUUUCACUUAUCUACAGUAAUCAAAUAAUUUUUAUUUAUUCAUAUUGUACAAUAAUUUUUUAAAUUAUAAACUUUUAAUUAAAAUAUAUAUUGUUGGAAUUCAUUAUUUGCUGAGCCUUACUUUUGGAAUAUAUUAAAUAUUUAUUUUAUAAAAUAGUUCUGCUGGGUUGUAAUGUACAUAGCUAUUGCAUCUGCUUAGAUAUUUUGUUUAGCAGCAGUUUUUUUAAAACAGAAACAAGUGCUAUGUAUAUAGUUAAAGACCAUUUCUAAAAAUCCAUCACUCUAUUACUAGCUAAAAAAAAUUUAAUUUUUUACAUUUUAUGACAAUGACAAAGCAACUGAUAUUAGAAAGUUCAGUGUAAAAAUGAGUAUAACCAUAUUUAAAUGUUUUUCUUUACAUUUUGAAAAUAUUUUCUUAAGGAUCAGUUAAAAACUUUAGCAGUAGCCUACUGUUCAUGAUAAUUUAUCUCAGACAUUUUAUUAACAAAUUUUUAAGCUAUUCUCGUUUCUAAUGAACUGUCUUACAGACAAUAAUUCAGUUCUCUGCGCACAAAUAUGUACAUUUUGUAUUUAUUUUUAUACAUGCCUAAAUGUUUUUAUGGGACUAUUGUUUUGAUGUUGAUGUUAACUUCUCUUCUGUGUGGGUCAUAGUUUUUAUCUCUUUGCAGGCAUAGCAUUAAGCAGUUGUGCACAAUUUUGCUUCAUGCAUAUAUUUUACUAGAAUUGCAAAUGUUUACCAACUAAAUUAGCUAGAAUAAUAAUUGUGUUCAAUUUUAAUUUAAAAAAAAGCUUUUAAAAUAAGUGAAUUGAAUAGGUCUGCUAUGAAGAUGAUUCAUUUUUGAAUAAAAGAUCUUUCAUGGGUAAGGGGCUACAAGUCUGUGAGAACCAUUUAUAUUUAUGUGCAAUCAUGUGAAAUUAAUAAAAUUCAUUAUGAAAUUGACAAAAUCUA